CUGAGACAGCAUGCAAAUAAUUGUGGUGAAGCUGCUCUUUCCAUAGCUCCGAGGGACAGGCUCACAGAUGGCAGGGGAUGUCACUUACGCGGCCGUGGCAAUGCUGCCGAGGGAAAGGCCACACACUCCUUCAGGAACAUCAAACCCAGGAAGCACGAUCACGUACGCUGAGCUGCACGUGAAGAGACCCCAUGGAAACAGCAGAGCAGAGACUUCCGCUCCUGACUGUCGGCACAGGUGCUCAGCCUGGUUCUAUGUGGCACUGGUCCUGGCAGUCCUUGUGCUCAUCCUACUGGGAGUCGUGGCCAUACAGGCCAAGCAAUUUUUGAAGGGCAGAGCGGGAAAAUCAGAAAGUUUGCCCCAGUAUGGUCUGAACACCAGCAGUGACAUUUCUUCAGAGAGGACUGUCUCAGCAGCACUCCUGAAAUGGCUCAUGGAGGAGCUGUGUGAAAAUGGACAGGGGACAACAUGUGAGUUGUGUCCCGCCGGGUGGCAGCUGCACAGGAGCAGAUGUUACUUCUUCUCUGAGGAGGCCAGGAGCUGGGAGGACAGCCAGAAAAACUGCCUGGCCAGGAAAUCCCAGCUGCUUGUCAUUGAGGAUGAAAUUGAGAUGGAAUUUAUAGACAACAAAGACAAAGAUACCAAAUAUAUUUGGAUUGGCUUGGACACUGAAGACAUGGAGAAAACAUGGAGUUCAGUGGAAGAUCACACAGUAAAAAAAAAGAGCAGGACAGCUCUAAGAAGCAUCGAGGCUGACAAGAACUGUGCUGUCUAUAGAAGGAAAAAUGUAAUCCAGGCAGAUAACUGCCAGACAUUAAAGGAGUGGAUCUGUAAGAAGAACGCAACCUUGCUGGUGCUCUGAGCUGCAUUUCCAGACAACAGGCAGAGCUUCUUGUCAGAAGACCCAUUUUACAGACAAACCUACUUGUGGUGUAAAUAGUUUUGAUCAGACUUGCAGGGAAAUUUGCACUUUGCUGGGCUCUCUAAGAAGUCAGAAGACAGCUCCUGUAACAGGGCUGUAAACUGGCACAUGAGGAUUUUGGGGAGCUGAGCCUUCACACAGACAGAUUUUGGCAGCAGCUGCCUCAGGAAAGGUCAGAGGAGAAGAGAUACUUGUGAGGAGGAGCCCUGUGCACGUGAACUGUGUGAUGUGCAGGAAUUAUGGCCCCUGUGGGGGAUGAAGAGUGUGCUGGGCCCACUGCUGUCACCCCUGCCCGCAGACAGCUGCUGAACUGAGGACUUCUUAGUUGGGUUUCAGGAUUUUAGUGUUUUCUGAAGUCUGUGGGUUUGUUUUCUUUUCCUUGGGGUCUAACUGUGACUCACAGAAGCCACUUCAGGGCUGGAAAAAAAAAGCAUUUAUUGGACAGUGUCUUAUUUAAAGCUGCUGCAGAGCUACUGGGUGUAGACAGGAGACCAGGCAUGGAAUGACUUGUAACAAUCGUGGUUAAUCUGCUGAUUGCUCCCACCUUCUUCUGGUGCUGAGCCUUGGAACCUGAAGGGAUUAACUAGGGAAGGGGCUUGGACUGUAAGACAACAUUGCAGUGCAACGAAAUGAAGUUUGUAAGCUUCCUCUCCACCUAUAUUUUGUCCCUUUACAUUGUAAAUUCCAACCACAGUUAUGCUAUAAUGAGCCAUAAGACUGGUGAAAUGAAUGCCUGGGAGUGGAUUCAGUAAAUGCAUUACUUAGGUAUUGAAGUGUCAUGAAUAAAUACUAUUUCUAGGUCUAGAACACAAAAAUGCUAAGAGCACUCUGACCCAGUGCUUUUAUUAGAUUCAGAUUAUUUGACAAAAGUAAAGAAAUGUCAUGAAUUGAAGGUGUUUCUCUAACAAAAAUGGCACCGACUGGAAUUUAAGUCCUUACAGCAAUGAGAAGAGAAACAAAUGUAACAUGGCUUUUGAGAUGGUGAGCCUUUACCUCAUCUUUGUUGUGAUGCACACAAAUAAAAGCAGCUGCAGUUUCACAGAGAUGUUUUUUCACGCCUGCACAUGCCUGGGGAGGGUUAAUGUUCAGCACUUUAGGGCUGCAGAUUAAAAAGUGAACUGUCCCCUCAGGGACUUCCCUUUAAACAAUAACAACAAAAAAACUCCAACACAGAUUUACCCCACAGAAUGCAGCAUCAGGAGCUCAAGACUGAUGAGAAACUGCUGUUAUGUAAGAGGAAACAACAAAAAUCCCCCAAAUUCACAGCAUGUGGAGGGAAGAGGAUUGGUUUGAUCAUUCUAGAGAGAAGCAAAGAAAAGGAAAGAGUCUAAAAUGAGUAAGAUAAUCGUCUAUACCUAUAUAAUACAUGCUUUAUAGAGAGAUAAUUUCUCUUUGCUGAGAAAUUUUCAGGGUACUCACAGCAAACCCUUCUCCAUGCAGUAGAGUUGACAAUUGCUGGUUUUAUGGCAGAUCUUUCUUGAUUCAUGCUGAAUUUAACAAGAAAAACUAACUCCUGCAUGCUGGAUUUUCUCAAAUUAGUUGUGGUGUUUAGGUUUUAACAAUAUUCACAAAACAUCUACUAUUUGGACCUUCUUGCUAUUAUUCAUGUAAGUUUUUGCAGGGCCUUACUGAAGCUCUCACCUACAAUUUAAGCAGUCACUUAUUUAAAAAGAAAAAAUAAAUUACCACUGAAGUACUUCAUCAAACUCCACUCUGAGUAAAGCAAGUUGUCAGAGUUUGCAGCUUGACCCUUCUUUGCUUAACAUCACUGAAGAAGAUGCUAUCCCUGAGGAGUCAGAUUUCAGAAGAGCCUUCACU